CUUCAAUGAAUCAACCAAAGGAACACAAGCAUCCAUCUGCUAAGGUUCCAAAAGGGAACCCAUAUCACAGUGCAACUUCCGGUGAAAUGGCCAUAUAUCGUGCGAACAGUCUCAUCCUUAAGAAGGCGGGUGUCCAAGUGGAGGAACCAGUGCAACAGGUUUUCAACGGGCAAGAGGUGGAAGUGGGGAUUGCUCAUCCCUUGAUUCUGUUUCUUCAUCUCCAAAACAUGUAUAUGUUGCGAAAGAUGAACUGGAUAUGACAAACACUAGUCCCGUGACAGUUACAU